CAGCAAACAUCCUUCUCUCCCCUUCAAUCUUUACAGUUCUGUGAACUUUUAUUUUUUUAACGUUCUCGACACUCUUUCUUGUCUUGAUCCAACUACAAACCGCUAGCCGGUCAUUUACAAUCUUUUUUUUUCUGUCACGUUAACUUCUAAACCCUCUUCGAUUCUUUUUUCACACCAGGUGUCUAUUUUCCCAGACCUCAUCACUCAACCGACCAACUCUCAAGCCGUCUCCAACAUGUCUUACUCCAAGAUCCUCCUCAUCUCCGCCCUCUUGGCCUUUGCCGAAGCCCGCUUCGGCCAAGAGCAGACGCCCGUUGCGGCUGUCUCGAGCCUCCAGGCCGGCGCCCCGGGUGAAGCCGCCACUCUCGCCGGAGGCAUCCCCGGAUCCCUCCUCGCCGCCGCCGACCCCUGCGCGAAGCUCGAGCUCGCCGACAAGAUUGCCGCCCUCGGCACCGGCGACGACGUCCUCAAGGCCGCCAAGGGCGUCGUCGCCGCCGAGCAGAACUUCAACCCCUUCGUCACCGACAAGCCCAACAUCUGCGGCGACGCCUCGCUGCCCGCCACCGAGGCCCUCCGCGGCAUCGUUCCGCUCGUCGACCCGGCCGUCACCGGCUCCGAUAAGGAAAACGCCAACUCGGCCGCCUCGUUGACGAAACCGUUUGACGCCACCGGCAUGUCCGUGGCCCAGGUGAUGAUGGCCCAGGGCUUCUCCAACUUUACGGUCAAGGGCCAGGCUGCUGGCGGUGCCGCCGGAGGUGCUGCGGGAGGUAAUGCUGGCGGUAAUGCUGGUGGCAAUGCUGGCGGCAAUGCUGGCGGCAACAACAACAACAACAGCAACUCCAGUGACGCCAACGCUGGAAACAAGAACCAGAACAACAGCAACAACAACAACAACGCCAACGCCAACGCCAACGCCGAUGACAAUGCUGCGGAUGACGGCUGCGGUGGUGCUGCCGGUGGAAACACAGGCACCGCUGACAACCAGAACAACAACAACAACAACAACAACAACAACAACAACGCUGGUAACGCCAACACCGGCAACGCCAACACUGGUAACAACAAUGCUGGUAAUGCCAACGCCGGCAAUGCCAACGCCGGCGGCGCCGCCGACUUUGGCAAGUGCAAGCCCACCAUCGACUUCCAGCUCGGCCGCGCCGGCCGCAAGGCGACCGAAGGAACCUUCCUCCCGACCGACCCCCUCGUCGCCCAGGGCCAGCAGGACGCCCUGAACCCCAACAUCAUCAUCAACCGCGUCUGCGACCAGCUGACCAACGUCUGCGAGGCCAACGACGCCGCCAAGAAGCAGUGCAAGGACGCCCAGGCCCAGAUCCAGGCCUCGGGCGACCGCAGCGCCGCCGUCGCCGACACCUUUAACGGUCUCCUCGGCUUCUAAGCUCUUGGUUCAAAGGCAACAGGAAGUUGCUGUCAAAGGGUUGUUUUUUCUUAUGUCUCUGUAAUUUUCAUACCGGUCUACAUACAUACCGAGGAGCAUGGAACAUGGGCACGGCGAAAAGGGGGGAAACUAGGCCUUUUGUGUUCACUUAGCUGGAGUUGGUGUCUCUGGACAUAGUAGUGAGCUAGGUGUUAGUGAGUCGGAUGUUUGAAUUAAAUGGUUCGCAUAAGC